GUCAGAUUUAUCGUAAGAACGUACCGAAUGCGUGUUGUGAAUUUUGUUUUGCUGAUAGAUUUUUAUUAUUUUGGAAUUAAAAUUGUUAUAAGUAGUAUAAUCGAAGAAACCGUUGACGAAUUUUAAUAGUUACUGUUUACAGUUGUUAUAUAGUGUCGCUGCGUAUGUAAUUUUCGUGUUGUAACUUCAACCUACUUUGUUCCUGUUGACCUGCCUCGAACUUUGGUCGUUUAAAAGGUUACACGCACCGCCAGCCUGUAUUCAUCACUGCCAAGUAUUCCGCCCUUCAGCGCGCUUGAUGCCGCAAUGCUAGACAAGAUUAAAAUUAACAGUAAGAAGACAGCGCAAUUGUAUAGAAAGUUCGAGAGCUAUUGGCGCACGUGACAACGACGGGAGUCAGAGGACAGCGCCAUGAGCCAGUCCCAGGAAGAGGCCAGAGCGGCCAGGAUACAGAAGUACAAGGAGGAGAGGAGGAAACAACUCACGGCCAGGACAGCGACGUUGUUCUCUUCUAACGUCACUGAAAGGCGUCCAAAGAAAUCAACCGAUCGGACGCCGCCCGAAGACCCUGCCACUCCUCUCAAGUCUUCCUCGGAGCUCAACCUCAACACAGCUUCCACUUCGAUGCCUAUAAGAACAACCCGUGCCUCACGCUUAAGAGCCGCAGCAGCAACCCAGUCUGAUACAUCGCCGUCCCCGAGAAAGUCCAAUAGGAGCUCUUCAGCGCAAUCAAUGCUCGACGAUAGCAAAACAAAAUCACCCAAGAGUUCCAAAAUAAUUGAUAGAGAUAAAAAAGCAGUCACAAAUAGAAGACAGAGUAGCGAAAAAGAAAACAAAAAUACGUCUGAUAGAGAAAUUGGUGCUAUUAAAACGAAACUUAAACAUUCCAUUAAUAAGAAUAUUUUAGAAAAAGACAAAAGCAAUUUUAUAGUGACUAAUCCUAAAGGAAGGAACGUUGACGAAAAGUUUAAGCUAGAUGAUACUAGAAAGCUAAUUUCUACGACCAACGCGAAGAAGAUGAGCGUGAAGAACGAAGAAAAAAGACCUUUGCUGGUUAACGGCGAAGAAGACAUAUUUGACGAAAUCGAAAAAGACCUCUCGAAUAGUUUAGACAAUGAUAAGAUUGACGAUUUAUUUAAUAACCUCGUCGUUGACGACGCGGAAAGUCAGAACGUGGAAUUGAGAGUGAACGAUUGCGUUUUGAACGACCAAUCAGGGCUCAAAAUUAGUUACAAUAGUUUUACAAAUCCUGCCGCUGAUCAAGCAAUAGUUAAUCAUGUGAAAAUAGACGAUAGUGUAGUGCCAAAAGUGAAAGAAGAUGUCGGAGGACUGUUGGGAGCUGUAUGUGUUAGAAAAGUGGAAAGAUUUAGUGAAUUGCUCAGUAAUUUAUGUUCGCCGUGCGAAGCCGAUAUUUUAUUUGAGGAUAUUUUAGUUGAAAAUGGGAUAAACGGCGACAGUGCCACGCGCACGUCGGCACCGGAAUGCACGCCGCCAUGUCGCCGCGCUCAACCCUCGCCUCGCACCACCACACCGAAGCGUUCUCCGGCUCAGUCCGCAUCUACACCAACAGAUGACUCGGCUGGAGUCGCAGCGAAACCAAAAACUCGUCGAACCCAAGAAGCAGCACAUCCCAAGACUGAAAGCUCACUGCCGUCUUCCAAAGUAUCUCUUAAAAGUACUUUUAAUUUGUCCUACGGAACCAAGUCAACGCCUACUAAGUCCACUACUUCUAACACCUCCAUUCAUAAAUCGCAGGAAAAACGUCGAAGCAUCGAAACUAACAGUAAAGCUAGUUGCAUACCCCUAUCUAAGAAGCCUUCUGAUAAAAAUAUUCGCACUUCCACUUCGCCCGUUAAGCAGGACUUAGCGAAGGACGUAGCCAAUAGAGCAGACAAGUCGAAACUGGAAACACCCGUAGUAGAGCUGUUCGGAGAAGUCCCGAGAAAGCGAAGAGUGACACUGAAAAUAAUCGAAUCGACAGAAGACAUCGAGCUCAAAAGGAUAGUGAAGGUCUUAGUGAAAAAUAUCAUUAUUCAAAGAAAAGACUGACUAGUUUAGAAAAUAAUUCUCCGAGAGACCCAAGUGAUACUAAAAAUGUUUCGCCUAAAAAUGUGUUGAAUAAUAACCCGCAAGCUGAACAAAAACAAGAUGCUAAUGCUUGUGGCCUAGAAGAUUC